UCGCACGGCACACUAGACAGGUAAGGACAAAAAUAAACAAAUGAAAGAUCAGUUUCAAUAUUAGAAGAAUGUUGGAUAUAAAAUUCUUUACAAUACUAAUUGUACUCGUAUCAUUCGAGUAUCAAUUAGUUUUAAGUGAUGCUAGUAAAAAUUAUUGCUAUUCUGAAGAUGAACAUCCGUAUUUAUACGCUGCUACGAAAACGGCAUACGGUUUAACUCAUGGUUUAAUACGAAAUACUACUGUGCCAAACUGUGAGGCGAAGCAAAUUUGGAUGUUAGGAAGACAUGGAACUCGUUACUCAGGAGAGGAAAAUAUUGAAAAGAUGAUAACUCAAUUACCAGAACUUCAACUUAGUAUUAUAAAAAAUCAUGAACUGGGACGCGGAAGCUUAUGCAAGGAAGAUAUCAGGAACUUGAAAGCAUGGAAGCUAGAUCCAAAUUUUAGCACAGAUAAGAAAAAAUAUUUGACGACACAAGGUGAAGAGGAUUGGAGAUCACUUGGAGAACGAUACAGAAGUUAUUUCCCCAGCCUUUUGCGCUACGAUGAUUCAAAUGAUGUACCAGUGAAAAAUUUCAGAUUCAGGUCUACCGAUAGUCAACGAACUAAAGCUAGCAUGAACUUCUUCAUUAAAGGUCUCUUUGGCAAUGUGACUGCCAGGACCGAAGUAGUACCAGUAAAUGAGGAUACUUUGUUGAAGAUUUACGGAAUUUGUAAACCUUGGAAAGAAAUCAUGAAAGAUCCAUCAACUAACGCUGAAGUCAAUGCUUUCUUGACUGGGCCGGAGUACACCAAAGCAAUUCAUGAAGUCAGCCAACGACUCGGCUUUGAAGACGAUCUUCCAUUUGACCUAGUUCUGACCAUGCACACUACAUGCGUCUUCGAAAAAGCAUGGAACAUUGACAAACUGUCUCCUUGGUGUGCUGCUUUCACAGAGGAUGUAUUAAAGAUAUUUGAAUACGAAGAAGAUCUUCAUUAUUAUUACCAUGCUAGUCAUGGGCAAAGUAUGAGCGCUAAGAUCGGAUGUGCACCUCUGCAAGAUAUGUUCAAGCAUUUUACAAAACUAGAAGGAACUACGAAGAACAACCUGGAAGGUAUUUUCUACUUUACUCAUAGUUCAAUGGUACAAUUAUUUUUAACAUCGAUGGGAAUUGCAAAAGAUUCGACACCUCUGAAAGCCUCGAAUUUUGAAACCAUGAAAGACACUAGAAAAUGGCGGACUACCUUUCUUGCUCCAUUCGCUGCAAAUUUUGCAGCUGUUUUCUACAGUUGUGAAUCCUCGAACAAAGUAAGGUUGUUCUUAAAUGAGAAACCUUUAGAAGUGGAAGGCUGUAAAGACGGUGUCUGUGAUUGGGAAUAUUUAAAAAAGAAAUGGGAAACUCCUGGGUUCGAUUGUAACACAGACUUUUGUACAGAGUAAAUCUUUUGUACAUAGCUACAUAGAUAACGACUCCAUGUUUCAACUCAAUUUAUUCUGAAUAAAACGUAAAUAAUCGUAGUUUACGAUUUUCGUAGACUACGCAUUAUCUAGUUGACAACAUUA